AUGAAUAGAUCACCAGGAGAAUUCCAGAAAUUUGCCAAGGCUUUCCAGAGACAACUAGCAAGAGCCCAACAGGCGGGUGGUGGCUCUGGUCCUCGUGCCCCCCGCGGUGCUUUCGCCGGCUUAGGAGGGUUGAUUCUCCUUGGGGGUGGGGCCAUGCUUCUCAACGCCUCUCUUUUUAAUGUAGAUGGUGGUCACAGAGCUAUCAUGUACUCACGUCUAAGUGGUGUACAGCAGCGUAUUUACAAUGAAGGUACCCACUUUGCUAUUCCAUGGCUGGAGACCCCGGUGGUAUAUGAUGUGCGUGCGAAACCCCGUAACGUGGCAUCGUUAACGGGAACAAAGGACUUACAAAUGGUGAAUAUCACUUGUAGGGUUCUUUCGAGGCCGAAUGUUGCAGAAUUGCCCACAAUAUACCGUACACUGGGACUGGACUAUGAUGAGAGAGUCUUGCCCAGUAUCGUGAACGAAGUGUUGAAGGCGGUCGUCGCUCAAUUCAAUGCUUCGCAAUUAAUAACACAGAGAGAAAAAGUCUCUAGACUUAUCAGGGAAAACUUGGUGCGUCGUGCGUCCAAGUUCAACGUUUUGCUUGACGACGUGUCAAUCACUUUUAUGACCUUCUCACCUGAAUUCACAUCGGCUGUAGAGGCGAAGCAGAUUGCCCAACAGGAUGCGCAAAGAGCAGCUUUCGUAGUCGACAAGGCCAGACAGGAAAAACAGGGUAUGGUAGUUAAAGCUCAAGGUGAAGCAAAAUCUGCAGAGCUGAUUGGUGAUGCUAUCAAGAAAUCCAGGGACUACGUCGAACUUAAGAGAUUGGAAACGGCCAGGGAGAUUGCAGACAUCUUGAGCACAUCCCCAAACAAAGUUAUCUUGGACAACGAGGCCCUAUUGUUGAAUACUGUGACGGACAGCAGAAACAAAAAGUGA